AUGGCAUCGGGCGCUGUUUUCAGCGAUCCCCAGGUUGAUGACAUGUACGCUGGCAUCGUGUAUAAAAGAGCGCCCGCGCCCCGGACUCGAUACGAUGCCUUCGGCAGGCUCCUGGUGAACACGUCACUGAGCGAGAUUUCUAUCCAGCGCUCGAAGAAACGAUUUGGCAGCGAGGAGGGUUUUAUUCUAUUGGAUAGAGUGGAAGAGAAGGCUAGAAAUAUGGAAAAGAUGCAGGAUGAACUAUCAGAGAUCAGAGAUUUGAUCAAGGUGACCCGGGAGGAGAGCGAAAUGCUUAAGGAAAAAAGUGCGAUGCAGCUCCAGUAA